UUCUUCUCAUAACACUUUCCCGACCAUGUCGAAUUCAAGCUUCCUCUCCGCAGACGAUCACCUCUCCUUCAAUGACUUCCUCGACAACAUUCUCGUCGAUUUCCCACCUCAAAGUCCAGUCAUGUUAUCCCCUGGUUCAGACAAUUCCACCAAGAAUACAAACAGCUCAAGUUCUGGCUCCGAAGAUGGUGAACCACAUAAGUGGACGGUUAACGAUAUCGAAGACCAAAGGCGUAAGAGAUUGAUAUCCAACCGCGAGUCGGCCAAAAGAUCCCGAAAGAGAAAACAAAAGCAUUUGGAGAAUCUAACGAACCAGGUGACAAGAUAUGAGACGGGUAACCAGGAACUUGUGAAGCGGUUACGGUUUGUGAACCAUAACGGACACAUGAUCCGGAGAGAAAACCAGAGACUCCGAGUGGAGUCAGUGAGGCUGCAACAAAGAUUAUACGGUUUACAGCAAUUACUGACCAACAGACCGGAGCUUCAACACUCGUUGUUACCGUCUGCAUGGCCAUGCAACAAUAACGUCUACGUUCCAAUCAUUAAUUAGCAAAACAAACCUACGUUAAUAACAAUUUCAUAUGUAUAUUCACCCGAAAAGAAAUUUACAUGCAUGGCCUCUCUCUAUGUAUCCGAUCCAAAUUUACCGUUAAAAAAUUAUAUAUUAUAUAUAUCGAGACUGGAGCUUAACUAGUAAGUAAGGAGAGUUUAGUGUUAUUUUAUUGCUGUAAUUAUGGAAAAGUGGUGGCUUUUGUGAAGCCCCGAGAUCUAGUAACUAUUUCUUAGUUUUUAUUAUAUUAUAUUAUAAUAUAAUAUAAAGUUUAUUUUGGUAUAGUUUAUGUA